GGAAUUUAUAUAGGGUCGUCGGAGGAGGAGGAGUACAGUUACCUACACAAGUGAGAUUGUAUGGAAUUGCAGAGAGAUUGUGAGAUUCCGUGAUGCCCAAAAUCUAGGGUUUUUGUUUUCUCUAAUUGGCUUCUUUCUCUCUCUCUCUCUCUCUCGGCAAAACUUCGGAUAUUUGAGGCAUGCAGCCAAAGUCUGAUACUGAAAACCGAAUACCUGCUGAUCGUCAUUCCAUUCCACCAUCCACUGUUUCUUCAGAACCUUGGUGGCGUACUGUUGGGUAUAACCCCACCUCCCCAGCCGUGGCAGGGAUAAAUGCAUCCAAUUCAUCUUCUUUUGAACGCCCAAAGAGUCGUUCAGAAUCCAGUGAUGACAAAUCUGUUUCUGAUGAUGGAUCAAAUGAGGAUGAUGAUAAUGCCACCAAAAAGUCACAAAUGACAUCUCCUCAGUCAGUUGGAAAUAAAAACCAGGAUUUGCAGCUUGUUUCGUCCACUGUUCCUACAGUGCAUGAUGAAGGCGUUGCUCAGCCACCACAGCUUGAACUUAUUGGUCACUCUAUUGCUUGUGCCUCAAAUCCUUACCAGGAUCCAUAUUAUGCAGGAAUGAUGGCGGCUUAUGGACAUCAGCCUUUGGGUUAUCCUCCUUUUGUUGGAGUGCCACAUGCUAGAAUGCCUUUGCCUCUUGAGAUGGCACAGGAGCCUGUAUAUGUCAAUGCAAAACAAUACCAAGGGAUUCUACGGCGAAGACAGGCACGUGCAAAAGCAGAACUUGAAAAGAAGCUAAUUAAAGUCAGAAAGCCAUAUCUUCAUGAAUCACGACAUCAACAUGCUAUGAGAAGGGCAAGAGGUACUGGAGGACGUUUUGCAAGGAAAACAAAUGGUGAUACUUCAAAGACCACCGGCCAAGAAAAGGCAUCAAUUUCUGGUCCAGCCCAUUCAUCACAGUCUGCCAGUUCAUCAGGCUCAGAACCCUUACCCUCAGAUUCUGCAGAAACAUGUAGUCAACCGGAAGCUAGUCGACCCCAAGUACAUGAUGCAUAUGCCACUAACAAUUAUGUAAAUGGUAGUGGCUGCUACCAGACUCAUGGUGGCUUGCAGGCUUCAUUGUAUCGUUCGUACUCGGGAAAAAGAAGGGACGAAGGAGACUGUACAGGCCAGCAACGGGGAAGUAUGUCUUCAAAUCAGGGUUCACAGAGGCGUCUUGCCAUCCAGUGAAACCCUGGGAGGUGGAUGCUGGGAUCGAGGAUUUGACCCCUGCCAGAGUGGGGUGAUGCCCCUGGUUAUCUUCACACAAGGCAAUUCAUUCUUGGCUUUUUUCUUGUGGCGUGGAUAAAAAUGAAAGAAGAGAUGAUUCUGUGAAGUUGUUUGAUGCUUCACUACGUCCUUCUUCCCAUUUUUGCCUAGUGUACAGAUUAGUUUUCAGUAAUUCAAGUACAUAGCAAAGACGAAAAGUCUAAAGUAAUAGUAUCUCAGGCUAAUGGUCAAACCAUCUUGUGUAUUAUGUUUGCCACAAUUAUUUUCUGAUAGGACGAAGGCCUGAAAUUGAAUUUUCAAUGUUCCUUGUU